GUAUCUGAGGGAUCCACACCGAGAGAGAGAGGGAUCCACACCGAGAGAGAGAGAGAGAGAGAGAGAGAGGGAGAGAGAGAGAGAGAGAGAGAGAAACGUUAAUAAUACUGGACAUUGUUUUUAUUCAGACUGUCACAAUGUCCAGAGUUACCAACCUGAAGCUGCGGCAGGAGAGGGUGAGGGAGAUCAACCUGCGGAAUAAAGAGAGAGAGCGCAUGAGGGAGCGUGAGAAGGUGGCGAGGGAAAGGGAGGCACGUUACAGCAACGGUCACCUCUUCACCUCGUUGACGGUUUCAGGAACGACACUCUGUACGGCAUGCAACAAGAGCAUCACGGCCAAGGCGGCGCUCAGCUGCCCCGUAACGUGCAACGUCACCAUCCACAACCGCUGGCGAGACACUUUGCCAAACUGUGCCAAAAUGAAACAGCGGCAACAGAAGAUGGCCUUAAUGCGGAACAACUCGUCCUUACAGAACGUCACACUGCGACCAAAGAGUGAGAACUUUCCUUCCAAUAUAUUCCAGAUGCGCGAGCGUCCGAGUUCAGCGAUCUAUCCUUCCGAGAGCUUCCCGACCCUGCUGGGAUCCCGCCGCGGUCGCUCCGGCCUGUCCCUGUCCAAGAGUGUCUCCACCAAUAACAUAGCAGGGAUCCUGAAUGACGACUGUCCUGGGCUGCGGAGGAUCCUCUCCCAGUCCACAGACUCCCUCAACUUCAGGAACAGAGCGAUGUCAGUGGAGUCUCUCAAUGAUGACGGUAUGAACUACUACUCUUCAGUGUUGGAGGAGACGGAGCUCGAGGGCCAGGACUUUAAAGCUGACUCGUGGAGCCUGGCUGUGGACAGCGGUUACCUGCAGACGCAUCGCAAAAACAUCAUCAAGAGGCAGGAUGUCAUCUAUGAGCUCAUCCAGACGGAGCUACACCACAUGCGAACGCUGCACAUCAUGGAGAGGGUGUUCCGCCAGCAGAUGCUGGAGGAGCUUCAGCUGGACGUGUGCACGGUGCACGCCAUGUUCCCCUGCCUGGACCAGUUGACCAGGAUACAUUCUCAUUUCCUGGCUCAGCUUCUGCUGCGGCGUGCAUGCAGCUUGCAGGAAGGAUCCAGCCGUCAACUUACCAUUCACCAGCUGGGGGACAUCCUACUGGAGCAGUUCUCAGGUCAGUGUGCAGAUACAUGCGGAAGACCUUACGCUGAGUUCUGCAGCCGCCACCUGAAGGCUGUCAAACUGUACAAGGAGCUGAUGGCCAGAGACAAGAAGUUCCAUUGCUCAAUCCGGGUGAGACGCGGGUUAGUCGUGACCUUUGCUACGUCGCCACGCAUUCAGGAGUGCAUCUUGUUGGUGACUCAGCGGAUCUCCAAGUAUCCCGUCCUUGUUCAGCGCAUUCUGGACAAUACCACCACCGAUGAAGCCUCUUCUCUGGCCCAGGCUCUCUACAUGGUCAGAGAACUUCUAAGUUCAAUAGACCAACAGAUGGAGGACAUGGAGAACACACAGCGUCCAGAGAUCCAGGCCAAGCUGGACCCGCGGGGCCGAGACCAAAGUAAGGGACGGGGGACUUUCAAGCCCGGAGAGUUGUUCCGCCGGAGACUUGUCCAUGAAGGGACUUUCUGGAAAACCCCAGGGUCCCGACUCAAAGAUACACGGGUCCUAUUGAUGUCAUACAUCCUGGUGUUUCUACAGGAGAAAGACCAGAGAUACAUAUUUCCAUGCCUGGAUAAACCUCCUGUCCUAUCCCUUCAGAACCUGAUAGUGAGGGAUAUAGCUAACCAGGAGGCGAGGCAUGUUCCUCAAUCAGCGACUCACUCCUGUCCUCCUGAGAUGUACGAGUUCCACGCUGCCUCCAAGGACAACCAAGAACGUCUGGUAUACGCCACAUCCAGGCGCGCUGUUAGCAAGUGCCCGUCAAGAGAGGAUUCCUUCCCCCUCAUAGAGACCGAACACAAGGCCCAUCUUAGGAGACUAAAAGCUGACCUCCAGCAGAAGGACCGGAGAUGGCUGGAGCUCCUGCAGGAGAGGGUGACUCUGUUCUGUGAGCUAGCAGAGGUGACGAGCGGUCAGGACGGCCUUCAACCUCCCAUCACUCGUUACCUGUUCAGGGCAGAAACAACCCAAGCUCCUCGUGCAGAGAAACUCCUCCUGGAUGCCACAGCGGAGGUUGACAGGUUGAGUGAGCUCCUUCUGGGUUCCAGCGUGGACAUUCCUCUUCCAUGUCAUCACAACCACAUGGAGGUGGUAGAAACCAGUGAUCAGGAUCUGUUGGCCAAUGGAGCCCAUGAUUUCUUUGCAGCAAAGAAGAUCUACCAGAGGCUGGUGAAUCUCAGUGUUUAUCUCCAUGCCCUGCAGGGUGCCGUCAUCAAACAAGACUCCAUUUUGGAGCUGCUUCUGCAGCCGCAGGAUAACGCGGUGCCGGCUGCAGAAGGAGUGUGGCGCCCUCUCUGGCGAGACGGUGGGAAUCGGGAUACCAACGCGGGGUCGACCAUCGGGGAGCUGGCUCUUUUACAGAGACAACACAGCCUGCUGCAGGAGGAGCUGCUGAGGCUGCGGGACGCCGAGAGCCGGUUCAAGGACAGCGAGAGGGCCCGGGCCAAGCUGGAGAAGCAUGUCCGACACAUGAAGGUCUGCAGCGGGGCGUCAGAGCAGGCUCAUCAAUCUGCAGCAUCUCUGCAGCCAGGAAGGGAGGUCUCACCUGGAGCUGACACCUUGUGGGCCAGCCUGGAACCCGCCUACCAAUCAGACGGUCUCCAGGACGGCAGUGAUUUGGAGGUAGACAUGACGUCAGAUGAUGAUGGAACGGCAUCUGAAAGCUGCAAAGAUCUUCAGGAUAUUCCGGAGGAGUUCUGAUCCUCGGCAGGUUUCACAGCGCUAACGAGCUUAUAGUUGUAGUUGAUUAUGAUAUAAACUGAUUGAUUCCCACAGUUAGCAUGUCUAUCUUUUCUGCAAGUCUUAAUGUUGAUUUAGCUGCUUGCUAUUAGAUGAGUCGAUGGCUUGUGAUGGUGAGAUUUAUUUUUCCUUUAUGUUUGAUGAUUUAAUUCCAUCACUUGACCAAAGGGUGUGGAACACUGAUGGAUUUUGCUUAUAUGGAACUGAAAUAUGAACAUUAGGGCUGAUGAGGGUUGCUACUGUUUUCAACAUCUGCAAUCAUGUUUAUUAUGUUGUGCAAAAAUAACUGAAAUCAAAUGAAUGUAAAUCAAGUAGUUGUCAUUAUUUUCCCCCAAAAAUCAGGGAAUUUAUUAUGAUACAAAAAGGGGUAUGUAAAUUGCAUUUUAAAAAUAGGAUUUGCACUUUUGUAGUUUAAAUAUUGGUGUCUUUUAAUCACGUUUGACAGCAUGAAGCAUAACUCCUUUUGAAAAAUCAUAGAAACUAAAAAAGAUGUUCCUUAAAAACAAGAGCAAAAAAACAAGUUUCUUUUCAGUUCCAACAGAACAAUCAGCACUCCAUACUGAAAUACAUAACAAGCACAAUCUAAAGCAAUCCAAUACAAUCGCCCUGCAAUAAAAUCCUACUUAUUAAUAAUACAUGUGGCUCGUUUUUGUAGUAAAACGAGUGAAUUUAGAGUCGUUUUAAAAGUCGACCCCCACAACACCACAGUAAGAAAUAGAAGGAAGUAUAAGUGAGCAAUAAAUUAUAUGCAAGGCCUUAUAAUUUAAUAUAUAUCCCCAGAUCUUUACAGGAUUGCUACUGACUUUGACAUUUUUUCCUUUGAUAUAGUCAAUAUGUUGUUUCCAUGUUAAUUUAUGAUCAAUCACAAAAAACUUUUUCAAUUUCAACAUCACAGAUCUUUAAUUCAAUAUCCACAUUCAUUCCUUUUCCAUUUCCAAAAAACAUACAUUUAGUUUUCUUAAUAUUGAGCAACAAUUUAUUGCCAAGAUAUUGUUGUCAUAGAAACACACUUUAAUGGCAGAAACAGACGCUGCACAGUCACAGAGAACUACGAAGCAACAUAUCUAUAUAUAUAUAGCAACACUUAAAGCAGCUUUCAUUUUCUGGUAAAGAACUAGUCGAUCAGUAGUCUGGUUGGUUUUCGGUGUUUUGCAUGUUUUUACAACCUAAUCUCUCCCUUUUCUUACUACUGCAAUAGAAAUCAGCUUUAUCGUGUUUUUAUCCUUAAUACUUUGUAUUGUAUGUCCGGACUGGCUGAUUGUUGCCUGGUACUACCGAGAAGGUGGUGGCAAACUCACACUCUGUCUACCAAAUGAAUGUACAGGCUCAUGUUAUCCUCAGGAUGGAGCUCUUCACUGGAUUUCUAAUGUAAAUAGCUGGAAAGUGGUUUGAACACCACUUUGAGUUUUUGCAAAUGUUCUUUUUGUGGCUGCAGAAUGAUUGUGAACUCUCCACUGGUAUCCUCAUAUAAUAUACGAAUGUUCCAACUCUACCUUUCUGCUAAAUGUGUUUCAGGCUACAACGUCAGUGACAUCUCUUUGCCUAUAAAAAGGCUGGAUUAGUGCAAUUUUUGGAUGAUGAAUAUUGUUCAAAGCCAACAUAGUAAUGAGCUGUAUAAGGUAUUAUAUAUAUUCAGCAGAUGCUGUGUUUGUCGGUGACAGUGUAAGGCCUAACAUAAAAACAAGGACUGUACCUACUCUUGCAGACCCUUUCUGUCAUUCAUGUGAAUCAUAUAACUACAUGAAACAAAUAAAAACAUGGAAUACAAAAA